AUGAUAUGGCAGUGGUGGCUGAGUCUGCUGUACGCUUUGGCCGUUGUUGUUGCAGGUGAUUUAUAUGAAGUUCUUGGGGUUUCUAAAAGGGCCACUGACCGGGAAAUCAAAAAGGCGUACCGGGCUUUGAGUCGCCAGUACCAUCCGGACAAGAACCCCGGUAACGAGGACGCGCACAACAAGUUCAUUGAGAUUGGCAACGCGUAUGAAGUGCUGAGCGAUAAAGAACAGCGAGCGAAAUACGACCGGUAUGGCGAAGCCGGACUUAAGGGCCAGCACCAUCAAGAUCCCAUGGACAUCUUUAGCCACUUUUUCAGCGGCGGAUUCGGUGGGUUCAAUCGGGGGCGGCAACGGGGCCCUGACGCGACUACUGAAAUGUACGUUUCGCUUUCUGAUAUUUAUAAGGGCAGAGUUAUUGAGAUCAACGUUGACUUGCAGGGUAUCUGUGACGAGUGUGAUGGGUCUGGGUCUGCGGACGGGAAAACGGACACAUGUCCCAAGUGCCGAGGCCAAGGAAGCAUUCUUACCGAGCAUCAGAUCGCUCCAGGAAUCGUCCAGAGGGUCCAGUAUCCCUGCGAUAAAUGCAACGGCAAGGGCUCGGUGAUCGCUCACCCUUGCAAACAAUGUAAAGGUUCUCGCGUCAUGAGAGAACGACGCCCUUACAAUGUGUUUAUUGAUGCUGGCGCACCUCGCUCAUGGAAUUACGUUCUGGAAGGCGAAGCAGACCAAAGCCCCGACUGGCAAGCUGGAGACCUGAUCGUGCACUUGACUCAGUCUCCCAAAGACCACUACGGCUAUCGACGACGCGGCGCCAAUCUGUUCCGCAAAGAGAUGCUUAGCUCGAAGCAGGCUCAAAACGGCGGCUGGCAGCGCGAAAUCACCCGCCUCGACCUGGACUCUACCAUCACCCUUUCCCGAAAGAAAGGUGUCUCUGUUCAAAACGGUGAAAUCGAAGUCAUCGAAGACGAAGGAAUGCCGAUUCAAAAUGGCAGCGGACACGGUAAAUUAUACAUUGAGUACGUGGUUAUUCCACAGCAUUCGGGCAGCCACGAUGAAUUAUAG